AUGAGGCACACCCUAUUCGGGUGUGAAAUUAACCACUUCCUUCGAUUCUCCGUCUUCCUAAUCUCUCAUUUCUUUUCCAUUUUCUUCUCUCAUCCAUUUCAUGCGAGUGUAGUUCGCGGGGAAAAUCAGGAGGACAACCUCGAUCUGUUGCGUCUUCCCCUUGACCCGAACUGGAGAGGUGCGGUCUAUCAAGGUGGCUCGGUCACAUUUGAACGCAACUCUGUUCCCGAUAUUGUGCGAACUUGGCCGGCGGUACCGCGACUUGUAAUCGGUCCCACAGCCUCUUCUUCGGGCCGGCAAUUGUCAUUCGACCAAGCAUCAUUGUCGAAGGCUCCUGUGCCCAUCACAUUCAUGGGUCGGGAAGACGGCGUGGUGCGAAUGCCGUCCUGGGACUUUGAUAUUUACACUUCUUUCGAGAUUGAAUUCAUCACUUACGAGCCCCGGGGACCGCUUUUUUUUGUGUAA